AUGCAAAUCAACAGCACCCCACCAAGAAAGAUCAAUCGGAUUUCGUUUCUGGAUCAAGGCUUUAGUAUUGGUGAUUCUGAAUAUAAUGCACCUGGUUCGCCCAUCAAACGAUCGCAUUGGAAGCAACAGUCAUCAGCAAAUCAAUGCACACUUUGUGAUACAACACUAAGUGUCAAGAAUGGGAUAGUCAACUGCCGCAAAUGUGGCGAAUUGUUUUGCAAUGAACAUACUCAUUAUAAGGUGCGAUUACGGAAUCCAGAUAAGGGCGAAGCAACCCCACAGUAUGAUUCUCUGGGGGUAUGGUGCCGAUGUUGCGAGACUUGUUUUUUCAAUAAGCAGAAAUCUACCGAGAUCAACAGUGUUGAUUUGACAGAACAAUUUAAACAGAAUCGUCUGGCAAAAGUUGAAGCACACCAGUUACAUCGAACAAGAAUACAACGCAAUUUUAUAAAGUUGACCGAUUCACUAAUGAACAACUCCUCGGUUGAUGAUAUUGCAAAUUGGUCUCCCAACACUAAGAAUUGUUCUAUUUGUUUUGUUGAGUUCAAUUUGUUUAUAAGACGGCAUCAUUGUCGAUUAUGUGGCAGUGUUGUUUGUGAUGAUCCAAACGGCACUCGCAAGGGAUGUUCAAUCAAUGUCCCGUUGGUGAAGCUAGUUGAAAAAUUGCCACAGUUGAACUAUGCAAACGAGUAUGAGGAUAUAGAUGAGAACAUAAGGUUCAGAUGUUGUAUUACUUGCAAGAAUUCUUUAUUGUUUGAUUGGAAGAGAAGUAUCGAUAGUGAUAAUAAAGUGCUAGUUAUGUAUGAAGGGAUGUUACUACAAAGGCAACAGAUUGAGAAGUUGAUGCCGCAGUAUGAGCAACUGGUAGGUCACAACAACGAUUCCAGCAAGUUACGUAACAAAUUGGUUCACAUUUUGAAAGAACUAGAAACUUUAGUUAUUCAAUUCAGAAAUGAGUUUUUUACAAGAGACAAUGAACGUAUUGUGAUUCGUACUGGAUUUGAGCUGUAUGAAAAAGUUAUUACAAACAUUUAUCAAGGAAUUGCGGUAUUUUUACAGGACAAUUUGCUAAAGUAUAAACAGAUUACCGACAAGUACAAGCAGCAAACAGAGAUUCCAAGAACUCCGUCUCCACCGCGGCUCACAAAGAAAGAGAUCAGAGAAAUGAGAGAGCAAUUGAUGGUGAUGAAUGAACAAAAGUUUCUUGUUGAAAAUUUGAUCAAAGACUAUACCAAAGCAAGACGGUUUGACGAGUUGGAUUCGUUGAUAGCUAAUAAAAAUGAGCUAACCGAAACAAUUGCAAGACUUGAAAAUGAGCUAGGAGAGUUUGGAUUUUAA